CUGCAGCAGGCGGUGAAUUCAGUCCAAUAGUGGAACAUGGGCCGGACCUGUUACUAGGUGGAGUUUUUCGUGAACAUAAAUACGCACUUCUUGUUGCUACAACGCCACUGGAACUUCAGCCAGACGCACUCGUUGCCUGUUCACUCACACGACGAUCAGCUGCCCCGUCAUGGCCCUUUUCCAAUCGUUCUUCGAGCAGGCGGUCUAUCUGGGCAUGCCCGAUGACUCAGCCCUGCCGAAAGAGGGAACAGUAACUGCAUCGGUCGGCUUCAAUGCAAAUGCAGAUGUGGCUGCUCUGGAUAAAGCCAUCAAAGCAAAAGGUGUGGAUGAAAACACCAUUAUUGAAGUUUUGGUCAAAAGGAGCAAUGAGCAGAGACAGAAGAUCAAAGAGGUUUAUCAGCAAACGAUUAAAAAGUCCCUGGAAGCUGACCUGAAACACGCUCUGAGUGGAGAUUUGGAGGACGUGGUGCUGGCUCUGCUGAAAACCCCGGCCCACUACGAUGCCCAGCAGCUGAAGUUGGCCAUGAAGGGUUUGGGAACAGAUGAAGAUGCCCUCAUAGAGAUCUUGGCCCCCAAAACAAACAGGGAGAUUGUGGCAAUAAAGAAGGCCUACAAGGAAGACUACAAGAAGGAGCUAGAGGAAGACAUAAAGUCUGAGACCAGUGGAGACUUCAGGGCUGCCCUUCUUGCAAUCUGCAAGGCCAACCGGACCGAAGGAGUGAGCGAGCAGCUGGUUGACAGCGAUGCCAGGAGUCUGUACCAGGCCGGGGAGGCGAGGAAGGGCACCGACUGCGCUGUCUUCAUCGAGAUCCUCACCAUCAGGAGUGCUGCUCACCUGCGCAGAGUAUUCGAUACGUACUCAAAGUACAGCAAAGUGGAUGUGGCCAAAGCUGUCGACCUGGAACUGAAGGGAGAUAUUGAAAAAUGUCUGACUGCAUUAGUGAAGUGUGCUGGAAACAGGCCUGCGUUCUUCGCUGAGAAGCUCCACUUGUCCAUGAAGGGAUCAGGGACCCGCAAACACAUCCUGACACGCAUCAUGGUGAGCCGCUCUGAAAUUGACUUGAAACUGAUCAAGCAAGAGUACAAGAAGAAAACUGGCAAAACACUCUACAAGGAUAUUUUGGAUGACACCAAGGGCGACUACGAGAAGAUUCUGCUUGCUCUCUGUGGGGGUGAUAACUAAUAGCCAACAUACGGCAAGAUGUGGAAAAUCCACUAUAAUCUCUUGAGGCGUAUUUGUGCACCAUGCAGACUCUCCUAUAAUCAUCCUUCUUCUACUGGGCUCUUAGUUAAGCAAAGAUUAGGAUGGACCUGGCUCAUCUUAGUGUGUGGCAAAUGUUUUCAUCCCAUCAUUUUUAGUCCCCAAAAAGAUAUUGAUUCAAUAGAUAUACAAUAAGUGAUAGAUUCUUAUCUGUUGCUUAUAAGCAAGCUGAACAACAUGCAAACAUGCACCACAUACAUGCCAAAAAAUCCAUGUGCUAAUUGUAUUCAAAGCAGGCGAAUGCUUAAAGAAACUUGACCAUGUAAUAAAGAGUUUGUAUUUAA